AUGAAAGAUAAAAAAUUAUUAAAAGAAAUUUUUACUGUUGAAAAACGUUUCGAUGAUAUAUUUCGUGGUGAUCGUAUUGAUCUGGAUCAAAAUGGUCGAAUUCUUAUUGCACCAUGUAUCGAAUGUUUGAAUUUUAUCGAUUUAAAAUCUGGACAAAAAAUCUAUAAAUUAAGUGCAAAUGAACAGAAAUCACAAUUUACAAUCGAUAAUGGUGAUGAUGGUAAAGAAGAAUGUAUUGUAACUUUUGCCUAUAAUUCGGUCGAACAAAAUGUAGUGAUUGCAUACACAAGUGGUCUUUUACGACAUUAUUCGUUGACAAUUAUCAUCGAUGAUGUGGACAAAAUCGAAAUCAAUCAUAGUUUACAACGUACAUGGAAAUCAAUGCAUAUUGGACCGAUUGCUCGUAUACGAUUCGAUACGACUGGUACAUUAAUAGCGACCGGUGGAUCCGAUGGAACAGUUAAACUAUGGAAUUUGAUGCAAAAAUAUUGUACACAUAAUCUUAAGAAUCAUGUUCGUGCAGUUAUACAAACGAUUACGUUUGCUCCACGAUUCACAACAGAUUCGUAUCAUAUAUUUGUAUCGGGUGAUGAUUAUGGUAUACAUGUAUGGAAUCUUAUCGAUUCAAAACAUUUGUGCGUACUCGAAGGACAUGAAAGUAAAGUAACGGAAAUUCUUUUUACAUCGAAUCAUCAAUAUUUCAUUUCUGGUAGUCGUGAUAAAUUAGUGAUUAUUUGGAAUUGGCAUACAAUGCAAAAAUAUCGGACAAUCGCCGUAUAUGAAGCAAUUGAAGCAAUGAUUUUAGUUCCAAAAAGAAAAUUCGCCCAAACCCUCAUAGAUGAUGAUGAUAAUAAUGAACAAGUUUUAGUAGUGGCCGGUGAUGGUGGCCUAUUAACAUUAUGGGAUUGGAAAAAUGGCCAACAAUUGUUUGCACAAAAGCAAAGUGUAUUGGCCAUUCAUCAAAAUCAUGAUAAAGAUACAUCAUCAUCACAACAGUAUACACAGAUUAAUCAACUUGUAUAUCAUCCUGUCAGUGAACAAAUUGUAGCCAUUUCCUAUGAUAAAGAUAUUGUUUUCCAUGAUGUUUCUACGCUAAAACCAACAAGACAAUUAGUCGGUACAAAUGAUGAGGUAUUGGAUUUAAAAUUCAUUGGCCAAGCGAAUCGACACAUAGCUGUUGCAACAAAUAGUCCAAAGAUUAAAGUAUUCGAUCUGGAUACAUCUAGCUGUUCAUUUCUAAUCGGUCACAAUGAUAUUGUAUUAACAUUGGCUGUUUUUCCAUAUGAUCGUCAUCUAAUGAUUAGUUCAUCUAAAGAUAAUUCUAUUCGUGUAUGGAAAUUCGAUAACAAUGAUUGUCAUCGUGCUUGGUGUAUAUAUCAAGGAACUGGCCAUACUCAUUCGGUUACAUCAUUAGCAACAUCUUUAUUGGCUGGCAAUUUAUUUUUCCUCAGUGGUAGUGAAGAUACAACAUUAAAAUUUUGGAAACUUCCAAACACCGAAACUGUUUUCGAUUCGGAACAAUUAUCUAUUGAAAAUAUUAAUGACAAACCGACGAAUCUUCGAUCCAAAUAUACACAAAGUUGUCAUGAAAAAACAAUCAAUUCGAUUGAUGUUGCACCAAAUGAUCAAUUAGUGGCUACUGGAUCACAAGAUCGUACAGCAAAAUUGUGGUCAUUACCAAAUCUGAAAUUGAUAUCGAUUUUUCGUGGCCACCGAAAAGGAAUAUGGUCCGUACGAUUUUCACCCGUAGAUCAGAUUCUAGCAACUGGAUCAGCCGAUUCAACGAUAAAAAUCUGGUCAAUCGGUACGGAACAACAAACAUGUUUGAAAACAUUUCAAGGACAUGAAUCAUCUGUAUUGAAAUUGUCAUUUAUUGAUGAAGGAAUACAGCUAUUAUCAAGUUCAUCGGAUGGUAAUCUAAAAAUAUGGUCAUUACAAUCAAAUGAUUGUUUGGCAACAUUCGAUGCACACGAAGGAAAAGUAUGGGCUAUGGAUGUGACUGAUGAUGAACGUACUAUAGUUACCGGAGGUGAUGAUUCAACUAUAGCCAUAUGGAUGGAUCGUACAGAAGAGUCAAAAGAAAAAGAACAAAUACGUAUGGAAGAAUCCAUACAAAAUGAACAAACAUUACAAAAUCUACUACAACAAAAACAUUGGCCAAAAGCAUUAAAAAUGGCUAUACGUUUUGGACAUCCAUUACGUUGUCUGACGAUAAUGAAAGAAAUGCUAUUAGAAUAUUCGCAAACCAAAAUUCUUGUUGAAAAUCUUGUUCAUGAAUUACGUCGUGAUCAAUUGUUAACAUUAUUAGAUUAUUCUGUACAUUGGAAUACGAAUAGUAAACAUUGGAUUAUUGCACAUUGUGUGAUACGUGCCUGUUUUGAACAGAUAUCACCAGAAGAAAUGGAAAAAAUGCCUGAAUUUCAAAAGAAAAUUACAAAAUUAUUACCAUAUUGUGAACGACAUCUAUCCAGAAUACAACGAUUACGACAAAUGACAACAUUUGUUGAUUUUGUUUUUGAACAGAUGAAAUUACCGGAAAAUUAAUGACCAUGAAAAUAAAAAUAUUCAUCAUUUUAUUUGA